UUUGAGCACCAAAUCCACAUUGGGAUAUCUCGAUUCCAGCGCGGCCAGCGGCGAUCCCUCCUCCUCGUCUCUCUCUUGACGGUGGUCCCGCGCGAUCCGCAGUACAUAUAUAUCCACCUCCCUCGGAUUCUCUGUGGCCCAAGCUCUCGAUCGAGGCCAGCAGCAUGGACAAGGCCUUCGCGACCGACUUUGGCGACGCGAGCAAUUUCUUUUACGGCAACCAGUUCAACCCGCCCGGCAAUGGCGACGCGUCCGGCGGCGACGACGCAGCAAUCGAGUUUCCGGACGAGCUCAACAACACGACGCCCAACACCAACAACAAUGCGAUGAACCCGGCGCAAAUGAACAACGCGAUGCUCAUGCAGCAGCAGCAGCAGCAGUACGCGGCGCAGUUCAACCCAAUGCUCGCCGCGGGGUACUCGAGCCAGUUCCAGAUGAACCCGCAACUAUUUAUGAGCCAAAUGACACCGCAGCAGCGCCAGUACCUCCAGCAGCAGCAGUAUAUGAUGAUGCAGCACCAGCAGCGCCUUCUCAUGGCGCACCAGCAGCAAGCAGCGCAGUCGGCCGCGAUGCUCCAAGCCGCCAACGCCAACGCCAACGCCAACGCGGCCGCGAGCGUGCCACCGACGCCGACGCCGGCACCAACGUCUGCGCCACCGACGCCCGCGGCCCCGGCAACGACAUGGCAGUCGCCCAACGACAACCCGAGCCGCCGCGAAGUCAUUACGCGCAUCAUUCACUUUCUCCAGUCACAAAAGCCCAACGCGCCGCCCGACUGGAUGCGCCGGCUGCCGCAGAUGGCCAAGAAGCUCGAAGAGUCGCUGUACCGCAACGCCGCGUCGAAAGCCGAGUACAUGGACCCAAACACGCUCAAGCAGCGGCUACAAGUCGUCGCGCGGAGCUUCCACACGAUGAAGCAAGCGACGGCCACGCCGGCGACGCCGCAGCAGCCGACAUCGACGCCGUCUCGGCCCGCAACGCCGACGCCCGUGCCGACGCAAGGCAAUCUCAUGCAGACGUUCCGUGCGCGCGUGGGCCAGAUCGCCGCGCUUGUCGCCGCGCCCACUGCAGCGCAGUACAACCAGCGAGUGCAGCACAUGAUGGGGCAGCUCGAGCAGUUUCGGCCGAUGCUCGUCAAGCAGCACCACCGCUUGUUGCUGUUGCGGCACGCGACUUGGUGCCACUCGGCCGAGUGCAAGGUGACGGACUGCGCCGAGAUGAAGACGCUGUGGACGCACAUGCCGACGUGUGGGCAGAUGAGCCAAUGCGGUGUCCAGCACUGCAUUAGCUCCAAGUAUUUGCUGAGCCACUUUCAGCAGUGCAGCCUCGGGCCGUGCCUUGUGUGCCAGAUCGUGCGCGUGCCGCUGGAGGCCAAGGACGCGGCCGGCCAGCUCAUCGCGGACCCCGCGGUCGCACUCACGCAUCUGCGGCAGCUCCAGCAGGCGCAGCAGCAAGCCAAGCUCAACGCGACGCCGCGCGCCGCCGACAACAACAAGCCCGAGACGCUCAAGCGCAGCGCGUCGCAAAUGUCGAUCGACACGUCGUCCACAUCGAUGCAGAGCUUGCUGCAGACCCCGACGCAGCCGCCCAAGCCGUCGCCGACGCAGCCGGCCGCCGUGCAACAGUCCGGCAUGAUGCAGCCGCAGCCGGGCAUGAUGCCGCAACAAGCCGGUAUGGUGCCACAGCAGCCAGGCAUGGUACCACAGCAGCCAGGCAUGAUGCAGCCGCAGCCCAACAUGAUGCAGCCGCAGCCAGGCAUGAUGACACAACAUCCUGGUAUGAUGCAACCGCAGCCCAACAUGAUGCAGCCGCAGCCGGGCAUGAUGCCACAUCAACCAGGCAUGAUGCCGCAACAGCCCGGUAUGAUGCCGCAACAGCCCGGUAUGAUGCCACAACAGCCGGGCAUGAUGCCGCAACACCCCGGUAUGAUGCCACAGCAGCCCGGCAUGAUGCAGCCCAACAUGGUCGCGAUGCAGCAGCAGCAGCUCAUGCUGCAGCAGAAGCAGCAGAUCGAGGUGCUCAAGAAGCGCUUUAGCGAGUGGACGCCCGAGCAGCUCCAUGCGCACAGCAAGAAGCUCGAGGCAUUGGCCGAGUCGCUGCGCAGUCACAUGCAGAAGAGCGCGGUUGACGCCAACAAGCAGAUGGAGCUCUUCCAAGGCUCGAUGGACCCGGCGGCGCGGCAGCGGUACCAGCACGCAGCCAUGGACGCGCAGCGGCAGCUGCAAGACUUCAAGGCCAAGUACCAGCGCUGCCUCACGCAGUACAAGAUCAUCUCGUUCACGAUCCAGAGCCGGUCCGCAUCAAUCUCGACGCCGCCGACGCCGCCCGCACCCGCAUCGACGCCGCCGUCAGCAACCACGACCGUCGCAACGCCGCCCGAGACGACAACCAUGUCGCCGGAGAACGCCAAGCCCGAGCCCGCGGCCAAGAAGAUGAAGCCCGAGCUCAAGCCCGAGGUCGCGAUGCCGGCGGACGAGCCGCCGGGCGAGGCCGCGUCACCGUCGACGUACAUGCUGCCGCAGAUGACCGACAUGGAGAUCCGCGCGCACGUGGCGUCACUCCAGUCGCAGCACUGCGCGUCGCUCACGGUCGCGCAGCUCAAGAAGAAGCUCGAGCCGCUGCUUCGGAGCAUGAUGGACCACAAGUUUGGGUGGGUGUUUUCGUCGCCGGUCGACCCGAUCGCGCUCAACAUCCCCAACUACUUUGAUAUUAUCCGGCGGCCCAUGGACUUUGGGACGAUCAAGAAGAAGCUCGACGCCAACUUGUACAAGCAUUUGGCGCCCUUUGCAGCCGACGUGCGGCUCACGUUUCGAAAUGCAAUGACGUACAACAACGAAGAAUCGGACGUGCACCAGCUCGCCAAGGACAUGCUCGGCGACUUCAACGCGGAGCUGAGCAAGGUCGAGAAGGAAGUCGCGGCCGACGAGGCCAGUGCGCGCGCGCGCGACGGCGCGUGCAAGCUCUGCGGCAUGGAGUCGAUGGUGUUUGAGCCCGCGAUUCUGUACUGCAACGGCGAGUGCAACACGCGGAUCCGGCGCAACUGCUACUACUACUGCGCGCCGGACAACAAGUACCACUGCUGCACCAACUGCUUUCCCGCGCUGCCCGAGUCCAUCUCGGCGCCAUCAAACGACGGCGGCCCGUACGAGAAGAGUGGGCUUGUCCGCAAGAAGAACGACGAAGUCCACGAAGAGCCAUGGGUCCAGUGCGACCACUGCAACCAGUGGGUGCACCAAGUCUGCGCGCUCUUCCACCACAAGCCCGGAUCCGAGAGCAAUGAGAAGACGACCACCAUGAGCACGGCGUUCCACUGCCCCGAGUGCCUCCUCUCGCUGCGCGCCAAGUCGCCGUCGGCAUUCCCGCUCGAGAAGAAACUGCUUUCAGCCAAGCACCUGCCGCGGUCCAAGCUCUCGGACUUUUUGGAGCGCCGCGUGCAGCAUUUGCUCGCCAAGGAGGCCGAGGCCGACCCGUCGACGGGCAAGGCCGAUGCGCUCGUGAUCCGCCAAGUGAGCAACAUUGAGAAGCAGCUCAUCGUGCGCGACAAGAUGUAUGCACGCUACAAGGAGCACAAAAUCCCGUCCGAGCACCGGUUCAAGUCCAAGUGCCUCUGCAUGUUUCAAGAGACGCACGGCGUGUCGGUGCUUCUUUUUGGCAUGUACGUGCACGAGUUUGACGAGCAAGAGAGUGCGGCCAACCAGCGCCGCGUGUACGUGUCGUACCUCGACUCGGUCAACUACCUCGAGCCGGUCCAUUUGCGCACCAAGGUGUACCACGAGAUCCUCAUCGGGUACCUCGAGUUUGUCAAGCAGCGCGGCUUCCACACGGCGCACAUUUGGGCGUGUCCGCCGCUCAAAGGCGACGACUACAUCUUGUAUUGCCACCCCGAGUCGCAGAAGACACCAAAGAGCGACCGGCUCCGGCAGUGGUACGUGCAGAUGCUGCUCAAGGCCAAGGAAGAAGGCAUCGUUGUCGACAUCCACAACAUGUACGACGAGUAUUGGAGUCACGCGGGUGCGUCGCCGAUGGCGCUGCCGUACUUUGAAGGCGACUACUGGGUCGGUCUCGCCGAAGACCUCAUCGAGAAGAUGGACGAAGAAGAGAAGGCGGACGUCAAGACGAAGAAGCCGGCCAAGGCCAGCAUCAACAAGCUCUCGAAACCCAACAAGCGCCAGGGCAAGGACAAGGACAAGAGCGAGGCCGAGGUCAUCGAUUUUUCGGACCCGCUCAUGGCCAAGCUCGGCGAAGUCAUCAAGCCAAUGAAGGAAGACUUCCUCGUCGUCAACCUCUUUCCGUGCUGCAAGAAUUGCAAGAGCGUCGUGGGCGCGGGCACCGUCUGGAAGGAAACCAAGCCGGCCCCCAAGACGUCGGCGGCGUUUGUCUGCGACAGCUGCUACCAAGCGAGCCCGCUGCCCGAGGCCGCGUGGGUGCCCACACCGCUGCCGCUCGUGCUCCGAGACAAGUGUGUCGACCCGGACGAGCUCGUGGAGAGCGAGGUGUUUGACACGCGCCAAGCGUUCCUCUCGCUCUGCCAAGCCAACCACUACCAGUUUGACGACCUCCGACGGGCCAAGCACACGUCCAUGAUGACGUUGUACCACGUGGGGCAGCCGCCGAACGGGUAUGUGUAUAGCUGCAACGUGUGCUCGGCCGACAUCACGUCGGGCACGCGCUGGCACUGCAACACGUGCCCCGACUACGACGUGUGCGAGUCGUGCCACACCAAGAAGGCCCAAGUCCACGUCCACAUCCUCGAGGCCAUCGGGACGCUCAACGAGACGAUGCGCAAGGCGCGGGAAGAGCGCGCCAAGAGCAUUGCGCUGCACAUGCAGCUGCUGGUGCACGCGAGCAGCUGCAACGCGGAGAAGGGCAACUGCACGUCGCUCAACUGCGAAAAGAUGAAGGAGCUGCUGCGGCACGGCGGCAACUGCAAGCUCCGGGCGACCGGCGGCUGCACGAUUUGCCGGCGCGUCUGGGCGCUACUGCAGAUCCACGCGCGCCAGUGCCGCAACGCCGAGUGCUCGGUGCCGCGCUGCAAGGACCUCCGCGAACACCUCCGCAAGCUCGCGCUGCAGCAACAGCUCAUGGACGACCGCCGCCGCGCGGCCGUGACGGAGCAGUACCGCCAGCUCAACACCACGGAGGCGCCGGUCGAAGGUGCAUCGGCCUAG